UCUGAAGGGUUGACCCAGCUUCAUAACUUUUGAUUAUAAACAAUGUACUAGGAAACAUUAAAUUCUAAUCAAAGUCAAACACUUUCAUUUUCUCUUCCAUAUUGUCAUACUUCAUCUUCAUCACACACUAAGAACAAGAUACAAAUAAAAAUUAGUAAUCUAUAAUAGAAGAGAAAUUAAAACACCAUUGAACCUUUCAAUGAAGAAACUGAAAGAGGUGAUAGGAAAAAUGAAAGACAAAGCAUCACAAAGCAAAGCUGCAAUAUUAUCAAAACGGAAAACUCUUUCUCUAUUACGCGCCACAACCCAUGACUCUUUCGCUCCUCCACCACACAAACACCUUACCACCCUUCUCUCCGCUGGCGACGGUUCACGCGCCACCGCAUCUACCGCCGUUGAGCUUCUCAUGGACCGCCUCCAAACAACUCACAACUCAGCGGUGGCUCUCAAAUGCUUAAUCGCCGUCCACCAUAUUAUCAAACAUGGCACGUUCAUCCUCCGUGACCAGCUUUCGGUCUACCCUUACACCGGUGGUAGAAACUAUCUUAACCUCUCCAACUUUCGUGACAAAACAAGUUCUAUCUCAUGGGAACUCUCUUCUUGGGUUCGAUGGUACGCAGAAUACAUGGAACAUCUUCUGUUUGCUUGUAGAACACUAGGUUACUUCCUCGGCGAAACGACAACGGUUAAGGAGACGCAGGAGGAAAGAGUUUCGGGUAUUGUAACGGGUGAUUUGUUGAGAGAGAUAGAUUCUUUGGUGGCGAUGAUGGAAGGGAGUGGAAAAAGGCCAAAUACUCCGACAAUGGAAGAGAAGAACAAGGUGGUUGUUGAGAUAAUGGAUUUGGUGGAAGAUGAUGAGGUUGUGGUUGUGAGUGAGGUUUUGGUUAGAGUUAAGGAGUUUGGGGAGAGGGAGAGAUUGGGGUGUCUUGGUUUUGGAGAAGUUGUGGAGUUGGUUUGUGUUUUGAAGAGAUUGGAGAUUUGUAGAGAGAGAAUGGUGGUGGUGAUGGAGGAGAAGAGGUUUUGGAAUUUGGUGAGAGAGUUGAAGGAAAAGGUUGGGAAGAUGAAGGUGUUUAGGGAAGAAGGGAAGGUUUACAGAACGGUUGGAAGAGACAGAGGAACUGAGUCUCUUCGGUUUUGAUUUCAUUGUAAUGUUUUGUUUACCUAAUUAUUUUUUUCUUUUAAUUUUGAAAUUGUUGUGAAUAGAGAUAGUAGAAAUAGGUUUUAAUGUUUUGACUUUUGAUAGUGAAUUUCUUUCUUUUAAGUAGAAAUUUUAGUGUAUAAAUAGUAGAAAUUGAAGUAGGAAUUCACAAUGUUGUGUGAUGGUUUUGAUUGAAGUUGAAAGUAAAGAGGGUGCCCUUGUCUAAGUUAUGUGUGUGUGUUUGGAAAGAUAAUUUUAGAGGUAAUAACA